UUCUAAGCAUCCUUGAUUUUGGAGGACAAUGUAUGUAUUACGCCUGUCAUCAAAUCUACCUCAGCAAACGAGCGUUUUACAUCUUGGUAAUUGACAUGUCUAAAAAUUUGGAAGACGUCAUAGAUGAAGAGCUGUGCGAUCAGAAGGAUACAAUGUUCUCAAAAUGGAACCAUAGUGAUUAUCUUCUGUUUUGGUUGAAAUCUGUGGACUGUUACUCUGGAAGUGAGGCCCCCGUUAUUCUUGUAGCUACUCAUGCAGAGGGGAAAUCGGAACAGGAAAAAACUGAGUAUUACCAAGAACUUUUCGAUACGUUUCCUGGGCCUUCGCCAAUUAAUAGACACUUGUCCAGCGAUAGAUAUUUUACAUCAAGUCUUGAAAGGCAUAAUGGAGCAUGUAUUGAAAGUCUGGAUGAAUUAGAAAAAACCAUUGUAGAAGUCUUAAAGUCACAAAAACAUUGGGGAGAAGAAAUACCCCUGGAUUGGGCUAUUUUUGAAAAAUUCAUUUCAGAAAAAAAGGAGACAAAGCUUCAGGCACUGGACAAAUUGAAGAAAUCAUUUGAUGAAUUGCUUCUUUUAAGCAGACAGGAAUUCAAAGACUUAUUACGCUUUUAUCAUGAUAUUGGAUUGAUUCUGUUUUUUUCAUUUAAAGAUCCAAAACAAAAUGUCACGCAGCUUCAUUGUGUUUCUGAUAUUGUAAUCCUCGAUAUUCAGUGGUUUGUUAACUCAUUUAAGUAUGUGAUGACAGACUCAAAUCAAAAAGCCAGUUUCAACAAAGUCAUAGAUGCAGCCCCCACCAAAGAUGCGCUAAAUACUUUUAUAACUACAGGAGAAAUUUCAGGCGAAUUCUUAAAAUCAAUCUGGACAGUAACAAAAAAUCAAGCAGCAGUUGAAAACAAGUAUGCUAUGAUGAAAUACAUGGAACGAUUGGGUCUGAUCGCGAUACAAAAAAAUUCUGACAUGUGUUUUAUUCCAAGUAUGAAUAGAAUGGAAGUUCCACAACGUGUUAAAUCAAAGAUCCAUUCACAUCCCAACAAGUCAACAACUCUCUACAUCAGAUUCCCUGUUUUACCUGUCUUUCUCUUCUACAGGCUGAUUGUACUUUGUCUGAUGCAAGGCUGGGAACCAUUGAGCGACGGAAGAAAAUGUAUAUAUAUAGACACUGCUAUGUUUUAUUUUCAAAACCACGUUCUAGUUUUAGGAGUAAGUAAGAGUUAUUUACAGUUGUUAUUGUAUAAUGAUGAUCAGACGAAAGAAGAAUCAGUACAGAGGGCCUUAAGUGACGUUCAAGAAAAAGUAAUGGAGAUGCUGUCAUUACUAACGAAAACCAUUAACAGCGAACUUCAUUAUCAAGUUGGAUAUAGCUGUACACCUACAAGGUUUGGUAAAGAGCUAAUCGAAACUUUUUUGACAGAAAAUGAUUUACUUGAGUACCGUGGUAGAAACUGCCCCUUACACGCACUUGCAGAAGACCAUGAUGUUGAAGCUUUGCGCAGUUUCCUGACAAUAGCCUGA